AUGACGCCCGUGAUGCACCAACCUUUGAAAGAACGUCUGUGCAUUCAGCCAUUGUCGCCGGCACAGGACAGUUCGUGCGUCAUGUUUACAUUGUGGCUGAAUCGAGUUGCUAUCGUCGUGUUCUUCUUGCUAACAGCAGUGUCUGUCGUGGCGUGCGUUGUGACUGCGCUCUUGCCCCACAACAAGUCGGUGAAUGACCCGUUGCCAACUCCUUCCAAGCCCAUCGAGUUGACAGCACUGACUUCUCUUCCGCCGCGCGCGGUGAGCUCCCGCAUUCGUUAUGAGCCCUUGAUCAAGCAGUGA